AUGUCAAAUCAAUCAACUAUCUCCAAAACUCAAUCCGAAGUUACUACCUCAACUAACCAUCAAGAAAUUCCACAAACUCAAACUGAUUUAUCCAUCAAUUUCAAUCAAAUUUCUACUUCAGCAGAUGGGGAAUAUGCUUCUUCUAAAAAUUCAAAUACCCCAUAUAUUUUACACAAAAUCAGAGAUAGUACAAAGAAAUUUUUAAAUAUUUCGAAGAUUUCAAAUAAAGGGACUUAUACACCAAACAAAGAAUUAUUAGAAAGUUCAAGUUCUAAAAAACAACAAAGAACAAGAGGUAAAAAAUCAUUUUCACAAUUAUUUUCAAAAAAGUCAAGAAAAACUACCACUCCACCUCCAAAAUCUUGUUUAAAAGUAAAAAAUAAUCAAAACUUUGACAUUGAAUACGCCAAAUGUUUACAAUCUGACUUAGUACCAGUUGAAGACUUACUUGAAGAAUAUAGAAAAAAAAUCAUUAAAAUACAAGCAAACAAAAAGAAGUAUGAAGAAGAGUUAUUUGAAAAACAAUUGGAACAAGUAAGACAACAUUAUUAUACAAUCGCAGGUGUUCCAAUACCACAACCAGAAGCUCAAAGUCCUGAAGUUACACAAGUUCAUGAAAAUACUAUUAGUUUAUCUGAUGUUCAAUCAAGUUUACAAACACCUGAUGACUCAAGCAAUUGUACCACUGAGAGAAGAUUCAAUUCCGAAAUUUUACAAAAUUUAGAAAACUUAUUUUCUUUAGAAGACGAAUUUUUUAAGACUUUUGAUGAUUCAGCAAUUGAUGAAAAUAAAAUACCAUUAGAACCUAAAAUUGCAAACAAUACUAGUAUCACUGAAGAUAACUCAAGCUCAAUUAAGGAAGAUGUUAAUGAAGAUAGCAAAAUACCUGCUGAAUUACAAGAAUAUUAUUUGGCAAAUAUCAAGACAACUUUAAAAAAUAAAGCUAAAUGUGCUGUCAAGAAUAGUGCAAAUAAAUCUAAAGGGGGUAAAGAUGCAAAACAACCACCAAUUAAUUCGGGUAUUAAAUCAUCAUCUGAAAAUAAUUCAAGCUCAACUAAUGGAAAUGUUAAUGAAGAUAGCAAAAUACCUGCUGAAUUACAAGAGUAUUAUUUGUCAAAUAUCAAUACAACUUUCAUAAGUAAAAUUAAACGUGCUGUCAAGAAUAGUGCAAAUAAAUCUAGAGGGGUUAAAGAUGCAAUACCACAACCAAUUAAUUCGGGUAUUAGAUCAUCAUCUGAAAAUAACUCAAGCUCAAUUAAUGAAGAUGUUAAUGAAGAUAGCAAAAUACCUGCUGAAUUACAAGAAUAUUAUUCGUCAAAUAUCAGUACAAUUUGGAAAAAUAAAGCUAAAUGUGCUGUCAAAGAUAGUGCAAAUAAAUCUAGAGGGGUUAAAGAUGCAAAACAACCACCAAUAAAAUCGGGAAUUGAAUCAUCAUCAGAAAAAGCUACAAACUCCAAUGAUGUAGAUGCAGAUAGCGCACCGAAGGAAUUAAGAGAGUUUUUAUCAUCUAAACAUUCAAAACAUGCAUCUUUUUUUAAGAAAUUAAGAGGACAUUAUUGA